UCUCCCGCAUCCUCCUCCUCCUCCUCCUCAGCCGCAACCGCAGCGCCGACACUCUACGAAUACCACCGCCGUAUCCUUUGUCGCCAGCAGCGGGAGAAGACGGCCUUUAUCAUCAGCAGCACAUUCAUUGUCUGUCACUCGAACAAAGACUGCCCGCCACACGGCACCAGCAUGCGACACCACAUUCCACCCUCCAGCGACUCUUUCCGUCGCUAGAACACCACUUACACACGAUCGCUACCUUACCUUACCUGACUCACGCUCCUUACGACGACGACCCCAACUCUUCGAAUUCGCAUCCCGUCUGCCGGUCAGACUGCCUACCUACCGCCCAUACCGCACCCGCUGCGAGCAAUCUCUCCAGUACUGCAUGUGCGCCAACGAAUGCAUGCGCAUGUACAACAUCUACUACUGCUCAGCCGGCCCGAGCAUAACCUUACCACAACGAUAAUACCGCCUUCCCCCCACUCGCCAUGGGCUGCCUCAGCGAGCGCGAGAAAGGCGAGCCCGAACACACUGCAAAAUGGGACUACCUCACCUUGACCGACUUCCGCUGCAACUCCGUCUGGACCGUGUUAGCAUACAUCUGGCUCUGGUUCAUGGCUCUGAUCGGCAUUGCCGUCUACGCUGUCGACACCUUCACUGCUGUCAAUCUGCUUGCCUUUGAUCGCUGGAGCAGUCAGGUCCAGCCGGCUCUGGACUUGAAAUACAGCAAGUGGAUCUUCGCCAUCUGUAUCUGCCUGUCGUGGGCCUUGUGCUUCUAUGAAUGGAUCCGAGCCAUACGCGUCCUGCGAAGAGGAGGCGUGGCAGAGAGCUUUCUGGACCCUCUGGCUGUCAAUGUGCAGAGCAUGCGCCGACGCGGCUUCAAGCGCUUCCUCGUCUUCAAUGCCUUGACCAAGAGCAGAAAGGGCGCCGACUACGUCGCCCUCUUCGUCUACUUUUCCUUUCAGACCACCAUCCGCGUCAUUCUCGCCGAGGGGCCUCGUAUUGGUGUCAAUGCCAUGACACUGUACGCUGUGCUUCGAGCCGACAUUGUGCCCGCUGCGGAUGCCGAUCACUCGCCCUUUGAGCAAUUCUUCGUCAAUAUUGGCGCCCUGUGGGACAAAGAUCAGCGACAGGCCAUCAUCUACUUCAGCAUGUUGUUCACCCUGGUCAUCUGGGUCUUCAGCGCCUUGAGUCUGAUUGCAUCUGCUAUCCUCUACCUCACCUUCCUCUGGCAUUACAUCCCGCAGAGAGACGGCACCUUGAAGAUCUACUGCAGACGCAAAAUCGACAAACGGCUGGAACGCAUCGUUUCCACCAAGGUGCAAAAGGCCAUUGAGGACGAAGAACGCAAGAAGCGGAAAGAGGAGGAAAAGGCAGAGCUCAAGAGACAGAGGACGGGCGAGCUGCCACCUGCCACAUCCCAGAUUGGAAUCAAGAAGCAGCCGACCUUGCCCAAUUUGGGCUCCCCAGAUGUCGCCAACGACGGCAAACUGCCCGAUGUGACCCUUCGCAGGCAAGCCACGGACAGCACCAUGUCCACGCUGCCGCCAUAUUCCAGCCAGCCUCCCACCCGAGAUGGCUCUCAUCGAAUGACGCGGCAACCCACACUGCCUGAUCUGGGCCAGGUAGAGCGCCGUCCGGAUAUGACGAGGACAGACACCUCGGCAUCCGCAUGGUCCAAUGCGCCCAGCUAUACCACCGAAGCGCCCCUCUUACACAAUGCGAGCAUGCCUGCGCAGAGUGAGCCGCCUCUGCCACCACUCCCACAUGGCCCGAUUCCACGUCAGGGCUCGUAUGCAUCUCUGCAGCAGCCAUGGCACGAGCGAAAUGGCUCGCAGAGUUCGCAACACUCGGCUCGUUCGUUCUCGUCAGCCAGACCACCAUACUCACCUGGCGUGGGUCCAGGCUAUCCUCGAGCGCCCCCUGUGGCCCGAGGCCCGACUCCCAUGCGGACCAUGACACCACAAACAUAUGAUCCGGAACCGCAAGUCGCCACCACGUUUCCGAGUCAGGAGACGAAUGAAGGACCUUAUGCGCCUCCUCCACGAUCGAAUACUGCGGGAGGCUUCCACGCUGGUCCCCAAGUAGACGAGGCAUACUGGAACAGCAUCCAGCAACAACAGCCCGUCAAUCGGAAUGCGGUGCGCCAGCCCUCCAACACGAGCUUCCACAGGCCAUACUCGCCGGCGCCGGUCCAAGCUCCGCCUCCACAGCAGCGGCAACAGCAGCACAGCUAUGAGAUGACCACACAACCGUCUCACCGCAUGCCUGUCACACGAACACCCGCGCUCACCACCGGCGGCGCUUACGUUGCUUUCAACCCCGCCACGAGCACAUCCAUGAAUUCUGCGCCAUCAGAACCGAUCAUGCAGGGAGGUCCACGUCGAAAUAUUACCGUGGCAGGUGGACCAGGCGCCGACAACAACUACUUUGGCAACGUGCGUCAAGUACCACAGCGAAGCGCCACUGCACCGAUCGAGCCACAUCAUACACGGCCUCUGCCAUCAUCUGUCCACAAUACCUUCAACGACUAUGGCCAUCCAUCAUCCGGUGAUGGGGGCAUCAGACGGCCACAACAGGCGAUGAAUCCCGUACAGCAGCAACGAUCACACACUGCGGGACCUCCUCCGGGAAGGUUCUAUUCGUGAUCUGCCUGCCAAGCACGUGACGAAUAGCUGGAGAUGUGAAAUAGGAGGAUCGACAAAGAAAAAGAAAAAAACCCAGGUGCAUGCAUGCAUAUAUAUACAUGCCAACAUACCGAAAUGCUUGGCUUUUAUUGACGAAAAAUGAUGGAUUGUAUCACGCAGCGAUGGGAUGGGCGCGAAGAAGCAAAAAAACAAAGUGGCCGGCCAUUUUUGCUCAUGCCCCUCCCUACUACCACUAGGAGGUACCACUACCACUACCACUACCACCACCACCGCCACUACCACCACUACUUUUUUUUAUGUGUGUGUGUCAGUGCAAUGAUGAACAGAGAUACCCCCCAGUUUCCUUUUUUGAUGUAAGAAUAGGAAUAGAAUAGGCUUUGCAUGAAACAUCAAUCAUGCAAGUAUCAAUGACAACAUACAACAAC